UCUGCUAAUGUAAUGAACAGACAAGUAGCUGGUCAGUCCAGCACUUUAAACGAAUCAACACCUUCCUGCUGCACACUAAAUGAUUCAACAACGACAAUGCAUGUAUCUGGUGUUGCAAAGUGUUUGUUCAAUCAGACACAGCUAUCCCCCUCCAACUAAUUCUUCAGGUCCUAAGACACCCCCACGAGCAGUUUCCCCUCAGAGUGAUAAAUCAAUGACUCCACCAGGUGUUUCAACUGCUAACUGCAGUCACAACGUUACUCCUCAAGAGAUCACUCCUACUAACUGCACCAUAAUUUCAACUGAGAGAGUUACAGUUAGCCCUUUAAAGCAAAUGACAUGUUACACCAUUGAGAGAAAUCAUUGCAUCUCCUCUUGUUCACCAGUUAAGACAUGCUUGAAGAGGGUUGGUAAGAGAGAUCAUGUAAAGAGCAGGCUGGACUUUGAUGGUUCUGAUACAACAUUGCAGGUGGACAAACCAAUAGUCAACGAGAUUUCAACAUCCGAGUCUGAAAUGGAUGCAUAUCUUUUUGAUCUGGAUUUGCCAAAUUUAGAUGCUUUAGGGGAAAAUUUCUCCUUCUCGGAACUGUUAGUGGAUCUUGAUCUCGGAUCUGAUGGAUUUGGCUACCCUUGCCAACCAACAUUGGGUACUUCUGGAGCUGCACUUUCAGGGUAUUGGUUCUGCUUCACUAGUUUCUCCACUUAUUUCUUCACUAGUUUCAGGUCAUCUCAUGAAUCCGGGGAUGACAAUCUGGGGGCUAAUCAAGUAAUGUCGAAGUUUUCAUCUACUGUCACAGAAGUGCUUUCGGAGAAUAACAUGAAUGCAAAAGGAGCCAGCACCCUUACAUCAGUGAAGUCUAUAACAAAAUGCAUAAAAAUAUUGAGUCCUGCAAAAGGUCAAAGGAAUUCUCUGGAGCAACAAAAUUAUCCUGCUCCAAACUGA